AUGUACACUAAUUCCAGUUACAUUCCAGCCAUCGGGAAACUCCAAAGCGGUGAAGUAAAGAGUAAUGGCGAGAUCAUCAAUAGUACGUCGAAAAGUCUAUACGGGGAGAAGAAUUCUCGCGGUUUCUCUUUCGAGGCGAUUUCGAGAGCGAAACGGCGAGCUAAAAAUUACGACGCAGAUUACGAUGAUGGUGACGAUGACGACGAUGAUGACGAUGACAACGAGGACGACGGUGAAGAUGACAGAAGAAAGCGAAAUGCCCCAGCUAAGUCAUCGCUAAACAAAGCUAAUGAUCGAACGACGGCCCCGCAGGGUGAACAAGGCAAGAUACAUAUAUUGAGAGCCGAGCCGAUAAGGCUGCGCAAGAACACAACCUCAGUGGCGGGAGUUCAUCCAGUGCAUGGCUUCGUAUCAACGCAGACAGUUGUGGACAAAAGUCUUUGGCUGGGAAAUGAGGCCAGUGAAGCGACCAGGCAUAAAAGACAAACCCUCGGCUUAGAUUACGAAGAUGGUGACGAUGACGACGAUUAUUACGAUGACAACGAGGACGACGGUGAAGAUGACAGAAGAAAGCGAAAUGCCCCAGCUAAGUCAUCGCUAAACAAAGCUAAUGAUCGAACGACGGCCCCGCAGGGUGAACAAGGCAAGAUACAUAUAUUGAGAGCCGAGCCGAUAAGGCUGCGCAAGAACACAACCUCAGUGGCGGGAGUUCAUCCAGUGCAUGGCUUCGUAUCAACGCCGACAGUUGUGGACAAAAGUCUUUGGCUGGGAAAUGAGGCCAGUGAAGCGACAAGGCAUAAAAGACAAACCCUCGGCAAUAAAGAUGAUGGGGACGAUGACGAUGUUGACCAGAGUGCUGACGACGACAAACCCGACGAUGACAAAGAAGAUGACGAUAACGACAACGAGGAGGAACAAGGCAACAUCGACAAAGAGAACGACGACAAAAAUGACGAUGAUAAGCAAAAAAGAGAGACAGUCGAUGAUAACGAGGGUCGUGGUGGCAAUGAUGACGACGACGACGAGGGCGACAAGAGAAAGAAGAGAAGCAUAUCCAGGGUUCCAGAGAAGACGAUGGCGAGGAACGACAGAGA